CUGUUUGUUGUGUUGUUGGCUUCUUGGUGUUUGCCGUGUUGUGUUGUGAUAUUUUGGGCUUAAACUUUUCCAAAUUAUAGCUUUCCUACCUAUUUGUAUUGAUGUCCUAAUAACAAACACAAAUAACUUCAUCAUAACAGAAAUGCCUCCGAGAAUUAUACUACUUUUUAGUGGUAAAAGAAAAAGUGGGAAAGAUUAUUUAACCGAUAAUUUAAAGAAGCUAUUGAGCGAUAGAUGUGAAGUAAUAAAAAUAUCUCAACCAAUAAAGAGCCACUGGGCCAAGGAGAAGAACUUGAAUCUCAACGAGCUGCUGAGCGACGGAGAGUACAAGGAGCUGUACCGUAUUGAGAUGAUCAAGUGGAGCGACGAGAUGAGAGACCAAGAUUAUGGGUGCUUUUGUAGAGUUGCCUGUCAAAAUGCUGCAGACAAACCCAUAUGGAUAGUAAGUGAUAUAAGAAGAAAAACAGACAUCUUAUGGUUCAAGGAAAACUAUGGAGACCUUAUAAGAAGCAUCAGGAUAUCUGCAGACCUAGAGACAAGAAAGAAAAGAGGUUUUCAAUUCACAUCAGGAGUGGAUGAUGUUACUUCUGAAUGUGACUUGGAUGACUAUACUGACUGGGAUCUGGUUAUUAAUAAUGGUAAAGGAAGACAGCAGUUAGAAGAGCAGUUAGGGAGUAUAUUAGGACUAUUGUCUCAUUUAUGAUAGUAUAAUAGAUUAAUAUAAUAAAUAAAAAAGUAUGUUUUUGGAAAUUUAUUGAAAUCCUAACCAUUACAGAUUCAAGAAUCUGAGUAUUAAUAUAAAUAUUAUGCAUUUAUUUUAAAAGUACAUAAUUAUGACUAUGUAUAUUUUGAAUUGAGUGAAAUAGUGUCUUGAAUGAGUGAGUGUUUUAUACAAGUAUAAAUAGACUUAGUAUAAUGUUGACGCUCCUUAUUUACCAAAUGAGUUAGCCCCUUCUCCCAUUACGCGACUCUCAAGCGACGAACCCAUGAUCGCCUAUAAAAACGGGCCUUCGACGCGUCGUUGACUCGUGAAAUGCGACCAAGGGUUGAGUCGCGUAGUGGGAGAAGGGGCUUUAGGGCUCCUACACAUAAACACGAUACGACGUCGCGUCGUAAAAACGUGUCGUUUACACUUGCAUCUGUUUAAUGGGAGAGUGCGAGAGAGUGGCAUGACGCCACGUCAUAAUUAUCGUGUUUAUGUGUGGGAACCCAACCUUAUGUUGUAUCACAGUAAUAGAAAACAUUGUGACAAAAAGGGGAUUUGUAUUUUUAUUUAUUCCAUGUAUUGUAUAUCUCUGAUUGUAUCGUUUUAAACGCAAUUUAGAUGUAAGUACUUAGAUAAAAUUAUUUAUUUUCUACCGAAUGGUAUUUUAGUUUAUUACAUGUAAGAACUAACUAGAUGUAUGGUUGGUUUAUUAUAUUAUGGUUUUGUAUAUUUAUUUGAAUUUAUGAAUUAUAUGAAGUAUAAAUCGUAA